ACGGAGCAGGGCGGGCUCGUGCGGUGCGGGCGUUCCGGAGGGCCGGCGGUGUCAUGGCGGAGCCGGGCUCGGCCGCCGGCGAGAACGGCGCGUGCGGCAGAGCGGUCCGCGUGGGCACCCGCCGGAGCCAGCUGGCCCGCAUUCAGACUGACAGCGUAGUGGAGAUGCUCCGUGCGCUGUAUCCUGAGCUCCACUUUGAGAUUGUUGCCAUGUCAACGACUGGAGACAAGAUCCUGGAUACAGCACUUUCCAAGAUUGGGGAGAAGAGUCUCUUCACCAAAGAGCUGGAAAAUGCACUUGAAAGAAAUGAAGUUGACCUCGUGGUUCACUCCUUGAAGGACCUGCCGACUUCUCUUCCCCCUGGCUUUACCAUUGGUGCUGUCUGCAAAAGGGAAAACCCACUUGAUGCCGUUGUCUUUCAUCCCAAAAACUGUGGGAAAACACUGAGCCUCCUUCCUGAAAAGAGUGUGAUUGGAACCAGUUCACUUCGCAGAGCAGCUCAGCUCAAAAAGAAGUUCCCUCAGCUAGAAUUCAGGGAUAUUAGAGGGAAUUUAAAUACCCGCUUAAAGAAGCUGGAUGAGAAGGAGGACUUCAGUGCCAUCAUCCUGGCUGCUGCUGGGCUGAAGAGAAUGGGAUGGGAGAAUCGCAUUGGUCAGCUCCUAAACCCUGAAGAUUGUCUGUAUGCUGUUGGACAGGGUGCCUUAGCGGUAGAAGUUCGUGCCAAAGACCAAGAGAUCCUGGAUAUGGUGUCUGUCCUGCAUGAUGCAGACACCGUGCUAUGCUGCAUUGCUGAGAGAGCCUUUAUGAAACGUUUGGAGGGUGGAUGCAGCGUCCCUGUUGCCGUCAGCACCUUGUUGAAAGAUGGCCAGUUGUAUUUGACAGGAGCAGUCUACAGUUUGGAUGGAUCUGAUAGCCUGAAGGAGACUAUGCAGACCAGUGUUAAUUAUCCCCAACAGAAUGAAGAUGGACCAAAUGACGAUGUGCAGCAUGUUGGUAUCACAGCCAAGAAUGUCCCUGGUCAGGCCCAGGAAGCUGCAGAGAACCUUGGUGUUGAACUAGCUAGUUUACUUCUUAGCAAGGGAGCAAAGCAUAUCCUUAGUGUGGCAAGGCAGCUCAACGAUGCCCACUAAACCCGUGGUGUGGUCUGCACAAUUGCCACAACUCUGGCAAGUUUUGGCAGCUAUGCUGUCCUCCUUUGGAGGAAGGGAUUUCUUCAUGCUCACACUGGUCUCACCUGACAUGUGGGCACAAGAGCUUGAAAUACCAAGUUAACUAACUUGAAUUGUUUAUGCUGUUCAGGGUUUCUGGCCCUCUCUGCAUUUCUCUAAAUUGCAAAGUGUCCAUUUGAUUUUUUUAACGAUAUUUAUAGCUAGGAAGGCUAAAAAGAAAAAAAGGAUUAAAAAGUAAGCUGUAAGGGUUCUCCUGUUGCCAUAAGGAACAAGGAAUUUGUUACAGAUUAUAAUCAGAGUCAGUCAUGAUGGCACUUGAGUGCCAUACUGUGUCAACAGUACUGAAGUACUUUCAGUAGUCAUUAAUAUUGUUUGGUCCUGUUCACUCAUCAGUGUUGCAGAGGAGGACUGCUAUUUGGCAGGUUCCUUGGUAAAGUAGCAUGAGUGCCAUAUUCAUAGGUCUGUCUUAAGGCAGGAAGUUUGCAGCUAUCAGGUGCAAAUUUGUCAGUGAGCCAGUAAUUAAUGGGGGAGCGAACACCCAGUAGUGUGUCCCUUAUUCACCAGACUAGAAGGCUUGUCAGCAUCAUUCACAUAUGCUCAUUUAAUGGGGAGCAGGAAAGCCCAAAUGAGGCUGUUGUGCCUUUCUUUGCUAGUGCCAGUUCCUUUCUGUGAUGGGGUUCUUGCACUCCCUACCAUGUAGCUAUCUGCUCAGCAAGGCUCAUGGUCCAGUGCCUUGUGGAAACACUGAAUCAGCACCUUAUCAGGGUACCAUUUUGGAAAUGAAGGAUAGUUUAUUCUCUGCAACGACCAAUAAAACGUAACAGCUGAUAAAUACAGCAGAAUGGUAAACAGCA